GCCCCGCUGAGUCAUCAGCCAGCACUGCUUCAUACGCGCCAUUCAGUGACAGCCAGCAUUCCAAUUUGCUGUAGCAGUGCAAUGAUCAAGCCAGACCACCUCAUCAUAUUUUGGUCCGCUGGUUAACAGUUAUACAUGCACACACUGUAAUAUUUUCACACUGUCUGGGCUAUCCUCCUCCUCCAAAAACGCGCGUAUUUCUAAACCCAUUCCAGCGUUGCAUUCCCUGAUCCAUCUGCACAUCGGUUCGCUGUGAUUUUCCGGGAGACACACCACACCGUUGAUCAUGUCGUGGAAGGACUACGUAGACAACAACCUGCUGGGCACCGGAACAUGCACGGGCGCCGUGAUCGCCGGGCACGAUGGGAGUAUUUGGGCGGAGGGCGGCGAUGUGGCCGGGAAGGUGACGCAGACGGAGCUGGCCAGGAUCUCCAACGGGUUCGCCGAUCCGACGCCCUUCCAGGCCGAGGGACUGCGCAUUGGCGGGGAACGCUACGUCUUCCUCAACGCCGACGGGGUGGUGAUGCGGGCCAAGAAGGGCGCCGCCGGGGCCAUCAUCGUCAAGACCACGCAGGCCAUCAUUCUGGCCACGUACAACGAGGCCAUCCAGCCGGGACAGUGCAGUAAUGUGGUGGAGAAGCUGGGCGAUUAUCUCAAGAGCGUCGGCUAUUGAGACCGGAAAAAGCAUUUUUUAAAUGGGGAUUUCGACGGAUCCCUGCGAAUUCCAUCACACAACACACACACGUGGGUUUGCUUUCAUUUUUUCUAGCAAGGUUAAUUUUUGUUUUUUUUUUCCAUUUUGUGGCACGCUGCUCUGCUUAGCUGUUAUAUGAUUCCUUCGGUUUUUAUAAAUGGGAUGGCGUUUGAAUAGUCCGCUUUCCUCUUCCCGCAACAGUCGCCUUACAGUGCGUGUUUUUCCCGACUGCGAUUUUCCGCGGCACACAUGUGAUCCAGUGCUGUCGCGUUUUUUUGUGUUUCCUUGGCGUUUCACAGAUAUUACAUUCGAAUUUCCGAUUGA